AUGUUGGGUACAUUGGCCAAAGCCUCGAUCCUAGUUGGAGCGAUUGCCCUAAUUGCCCCGAAUGAGCCCUUGCAGACACUGUUGGCAUUUGCCACGUUGGGGUAUUUGAUCACGCAUACAUUGAUCCCUCGCGUUGGUCCCAGUUUCAUCAAAGUUGGCCUCAAGGGAAGAGACAUGUCGAAAAAACCGCCGGUUCCCGAAAUACCGGAGACAAUGGGCUUGGUCGCUGCCGCAACGUGCUUGCUCUUGAUGUUUGGGCUUAUUCCCUUCAUAUUUUUCAAGUACUUGGUGUCCUUUGGCUCGAUAUCAAAUGACGAGGUUGUCACGGAGAAUUACAAGAGCCAGUACCAAUCACUAGAGCACAACAAGUUGUUUCCCCACAACAAGCUAGCUGCUUAUUUGAGCGGAGUCUUGUGUUUGCAAAGCACAACGUUGUUGGGUUUACUAGACGACUUGUUCGAUAUUCGCUGGAGGCAUAAAUUCUUCUUGCCUGCCGUGGCGUCGUUGCCUUUGCUUAUUGUCUACUACGUCGACUUUAGCGUCACUUCCAUCGUGGUUCCCCAGUUUGUCACCGACUUGCCCGGAGGAAGUUGCUUGUUGGAUUUUAUCAAUGUAUUUGUGAAACUCGGCAAUCGAAUAGUGAACCUCACCACGGGGUUGUCUUUUAGAACAUUGCAAACAGAUUACGAAAUCCCGACAAGUGCGCCCAAGUUGAUAGAUUUGGGUGUCUUUUACUACGUCUACAUGUCGGCAAUCUCCAUAUUCUCGCCAAACUCAAUCAACAUUCUUGCUGGGGUCAACGGACUCGAAGUUGGUCAAUCGGUUGUGUUGGCUGCAAUUUUUUUGAUAAACGACUUUUGCUAUCUAUUGACGCCAACCAUCUCGCAUGCAGCAUACGACUCGCAUUUGUUUUCCGUCAUAUUCAUUCUUCCGUUUUUGGGGGUAUCGUUGGCCCUAUUGCAAUAUAACUGGUAUCCAGCAAAAGUGUUUGUAGGCGAUACCUAUUGCUACUUCAGCGGCAUGGUGUUUGCCAUUGUUGGAAUAUUGGGCCAUUUUUCCAAAACCUUGAUCAUUUUCUUGGUUCCGCAAAUAUUGAAUUUCAUUUACUCCGUGCCGCAGCUAUUCCACAUUGUCCCAUGCCCCAGACACCGCUUGCCAAGAUUCAACCUUGAAGAUGGACUCAUGUAUCCCAGCUUUGGCGAGUUGAAGAAACCACCAUCCACCAUUGCCUUGGUCAUGUUAAAGUCUUUGGGUAAAUUGCGAUUGAUAAAGCUAGAGAGAGACCCAAAGCUGGGCAAGGUUGUGAGAUUCAGUAACAUGACAAUAAUCAAUCUUGCAUUGGUGUGGCUUGGCCCGAUGAGAGAAGACACUCUUUGCCUACUUUUACUAGUUACCCAGUUUAUGGUGGGGAUUUCCAUGAUUGUAGUGAGGCAUACCGUGGGACCGUGGCUAUUUGGUUACGACAACUUAACCUGGGGUGUUAAAUGA